GACUCCGGACGUGGUAGAGGAUCCGAAGGGCGACGGCGGAAGCAGAAGAAAGGCGGAGGAGGAGAAGAAUAAGAAUAAUGGCGCUAGCUUUCUGGGAAGAUGAAACGGAAGCGAAUACUCACUAUCUCCAAUAAGGUCGCGUCUUCCUCCUCCUCCACCUCCUCGUUCUCCUCCUCCGCCGCCGCCGCCGCCACCCCCAAGCUUCGGCAGCACUAUGGAGGAUUAGUUCUACUCCCUUGAAGACAUUGUAGAAGGAUUUGAAUUGCUUGACUACGUCAAAGCUUUUGCCGUUUUUAGGCUUUUUUUCUAUCUUCUCUUUCUUGGGAGAUAUGUUGGAGGACCGCUCCUGCCUGUUCCCAAAGAUAUUACCGAACACCUUCGAGCAAGAAUCCACUUGGUUCUACAUGAGCUCUGAAAUUUCUAAUAAUAAAUACAGCCCGAUUGGAGGACAGGAAGAGGAUGAGGAGGGAAAUAGUGGAGAUAUGGGGAAGAGGAGAAAAUCUAUGGAGCUUAUUGGUGCUUCCAGUAGCAGAGAAAUUGAACAAACACCAAAUGAUAGUAAUCGACAAGGAGAUGAUAGGGAUUAUUCAGCUGUAGAUGAUCUUAUAAGUCCAAUAGGUAGAGAUAUCACAAUCGACUGCCUGCUUCGAUGCUCUCGCUCAGAUUAUGGUUGUAUUGCGUCCCUCAACAGGAGCUUUCGAUCUCUGAUCCGUAGUGGUGAGAUUUACAAACGAAGGCUGCAGAUGGGUAUUGUAGAGCACUGGGUUUAUUUCUCUUGCAACGUUCUUGAGUGGGAGGCCUAUGAUCCUUACCGCAAUAGAUUGAUCAGUCUUCCCAGAAUGCCUCCUAAUGAAUGCUUCAUGUGUUGUGAUAAGGAGUCCCUUGCAGUAGGUACGGAGCUUCUUGUUUUUGGGAGGGGAGUAACUUCUCACGUUGUACUGAGAUAUAGCAUACUGAAUAAUUCUUGGUCACCUGGAAAAGAAAUGAAUUCGCCUAGGUGCUUGUUUGGAUCAGCUAGCUCCGGCGAGAAAGCUAUUGUAGCUGGUGGUACUGAUGCUCGUGGAAAUAUAUUGAGCUCAGCAGAGCUCUAUAAUUCCGAGCUCCAAACUUGGGAGACUCUUCCUAGCAUGAACAUACCAAGGAAGAUGUGUUCUGGUGUGUUCAUGGAUGAUAAGUUUUAUGUGAUUGGUGGGGUGGCUAGCAACAAAGAGGUGUUAACAUGCGGAGAAGAGUAUGAUCUUGCUAAAGGAGUUUGGAGGCAAAUCCCAAAUAUGUCUUCUGGUCUGUGUGGAGAGCAUGGCGCUCCUCCACUUGUAGCUGUUGUCAACAAUAAACUUUAUGCAGCAGAUUGUGCCUCAAAAGAAGUGAGGGAGUACAAUAAGGAGAAUAACUCAUGGACCACCUUAGGUCAAUUGCCUGAGAGAAAUGUUCCUGUGAAUGGCUGGGGUGUUGCAUUCCGAGCGUGUGGCGAGCAGCUUAUGGUUAUUGGCGGACCAAGGGGACUGGGGGGAGGAAUGAUUGAGCUCAACUCAUGGAUUCCAAAUGAGAGGCCACCUGCGUGGAAUAUGAUUGCUAGCAAACAUUCUGGAAAUUUUGUCUAUAAUUGUGCCGUUAUGAGCUGCUGAUCUAUCUGAUCUUAGUCACCUUACUUUAUACUCUACUUCUUAGAACGAUAGAGGCACAAGAUUGGCUUGUUCUUACAGUUUAAAAUACUGAUUCUACAUAAUAGGGUCUGAGAGUUCAAUGCUCAGGAUUUCGUCCUUAGAAAGAUGGAGGUCAUAAGGAAGCACUCUGGCUUAUGAAAAGUUCUCAGCCAGUUGAAAAGACCCAUGCAUCAGAAGGGGUUUCCAUAAGCUAUACUAGCGAAGGGGAGCAUCCUGAGAACUUGGCACUCUAAUGUUUUACAAUUAUAAAAUUAUUUUAUCCUUAGAAGGAAUUAUUAACUUGUUAUAUGUAGAAGCAUAAUCUGCUCAAGAAGUUGGAUCCUCAUCCCUUCCUAUCCAAGAGCCAAGGCCAGAGGACUAGUUAAUAGCGAGAUGAAUCUUUGUCAUUUUUCUUAAGUAUUCAUAAAUGACUUUGCUUGUAAGACUUGAUGAAAGACAUUCCUAGUGAUUUAGUCUC